AUGAAUUUCAUGAAAUAUUUCGAUAAAGAGUGUGUUGCAACAGUUGAUGUCGAAAGAGUAUCUGAGUUUGCGGAAUCCAUUGCAACUGAUAAAAUCAAUCAGCCCAAAGACUUCCAUGAUAACAUCGAUAUAGAAAAACACGGAGAAACACAAAGGAGAAUUACUCCACGUCAUGUGAGCUUGAUGAUUGUUGGACAGUCCAUUGGAAGUGGUCUAUUUCUCGGUGUUAGAACUCCCUUGAAUAAAAGUGGAUCAUUGUCAUUCUUUUUGGCAUUCACUUUAUGGGCAGUGUUUGUUGUCUAUCCUUUAAUGCAAGUUGUUGGUGUCAUUUGUUGUUAUUUACCGCUCAGGGGAUCAUUCAUUCAUUAUAGUGCCAGAUAUGUUGAUCCAGCUCUUGGAUUUGCUUCGUGUAUAAUCUACAUUUACACGUGUAUGAUGUUUGUUUGUCUUGAAGCUACAGCUUUUGCCCAAGUGAUUGGAUUUUGGACGGAUAUCAAUCCAGGUGUGUGGAUUACCAUUUGUAUUGUGAUUUAUCCCAUUGUUGGUGUUUUUGGUUCAAACAUUUACGGAGAAGUUGAGUUUUAUGCAUCAAUCUUGAAAUUGAUUAUGGUUAUUGGAUUGAUGUUUUUUUCACUUGUAUCAAUGUGUGGUGGAAACCCACGUCAUGAUGCAUAUGGGUUCCAGCACUGGAAUGAAGGUGGCUUGUUCAGAGAGUACUUGGUUGGUGGGAGCACCGGUAAAUUUUUGGGAUGGUGGAGCUCGUUGUCGUGGGCAGCGUUUGCUGCUGGUGGUCCAGAUGUAUUGGCUAUGCUUGCCGGUGAAAUCAAGCGACCAAGAACAACUAUGGCCCAUGCUGCAAAGAGAACCUAUAUUCGAGUUUAUAUCUUUUAUGUUGGUGGGAUGUUUUUCCUUUGUUGCUUAAUUUCGGCAGUAAAUCCGAAGCUAGUUGAGCAGUUACUGGCCGGCUCCAAUUCUUCAGCCGGGUCGCCUUGGGUGAUUGGUAUUGAAGAAGUGGGUGUUAAAAGUUUGGCCUCGGUAAUUAAUGCCGGCAUCAUGAUGGCUACUUUCUCAUGUGGAAAUGCCUUUUUUUACUGCUCCGCCAGAUCAAUAUACGGUGCUGCUACAGGUGGAUACUUACCUCGUUUUUUAGCCAAAUGUUUACCCAAUGGGUCUCCCAUAUACUGCGUUCUUAUCACAUUUGCUGUUUCCUUCCUUUCAUAUUUGAAUGUUAACGAAAGAGGGGCAGUUGUGUUCAACUGGUUUGUUAAUCUAUGUUCUGCCGGGUUAUUGUUGACGUAUAUUUGUAUAUGGUGGUCCUAUUUUCGAUUCCGCAAAGCGUGGGAAUAUCAAAAUAAGACGAAGAUGAAACAUCCAGAAUACCCAUACUUUUUGUGUCCACGAUGGAUGCAUCCAUUUUUCACUUAUUUUGGAUUUAUCUUUACGGUUCUAGUGGUUUUCUUUAACGGAUUCUGGAUCUUUUUCCCUGGUCAGUUUAAUGUCUCCAAUUUGUUUACAAGCUAUUUCGCUCCAGCAUUUUUCGUUUGUUUAUUUGUAUUUUGGAAGGUUUUCAAGCGUACACACUUUAGAAUUCCAGCAACUGCCGACAUAACUAGUGGCAAGCAAAGAAUUGAUGAUGAAGAGGAAGCAGAAGAGAAAGAAAUCCGCGAACAAGAAUUGAUAUUUAAUGAAACGGAAAAGUGGUAUCAAAGAGCCUGGCGGAAGUUUUAUGCAAUCUGGUUUACAUGA